ACUCGUCGAGUCGUUAAACAGUCGAGUCGUUAAACAGUUCUCGGAUAAACGAUAUUGAUGUCAAUCAUAUUACGCACGCUGUUUUGCUCCGAGAUACGGAGCAGAACAUUUCAAAUCCCAUUAAGUUCCAGGAUGUCAUCGCAUCGAACGUAACCAUGGGCGGCUCGCUGAACGAAGUGGAUGUCAACACAACUCUCAUGAGAAUCGAUCGGGGAAAUGUGGUAACUGGCAAGAAAUCUGUGAAGACGCUUUCAGUACAAGGGUCCAUCGAUGUGUGCAACAAUUGUUCAGUUGGAACAUUCGACUUAUCAAACUGGGCCUCAAGAGCUGUGCUUCGUAAAGGCAACUUUACACUUCCAGGAGCAAAAUUUGAAUCCCUGGUGUUUCAACAACCUUUGAAUUUGAAUGGUACACUGAACAACGUCGCAGUUAGCCGUGAUCAUGUGCUUACUCUCUCCGACCAGCAAGAGAUGAACGGACCCCUGUCACUUUCUUCAUUGCUUCCUCACAACAUGUUGUUUUCAAGUGAGCAAGUACCACUUUAUCAACAAUCAACAGAAGGAUUCAAAGUGGCUGGGCAAUUUACGAAUCUUCAAGUUAAUGGAUUAUAUGACGGCAUUUCCUUGCCACAUUUCUACGAUCAAUUAGUUCGACGUGACACAAUUGUGGUGUUUUCAGAGCCGGUGGUUCUGUUGAGUUUGAUUGCCAGGAAUUUCCAAGAUUCUUCCACCAAUUCUACCAUCGGCGAUAUCAUUACGCUACCGUUAAAUGCUACCCAUCACGUCGCUGAUAGUCCUGUUAUUCCUCCAGAGAUGCGUCAACGCUCCUUAUCUUCUUUGGUCCAGAAAAUUAAGCGCGUUGUCUCACGUCAGUCAGUUGAACUCAUGUUCUUUGAAGAAAUGACAGUACCUGGAGCGAUACCACGGUCAGCGGAUUACAUUUAUGCCUGGGAAACUCGAGGCGGCGAAAUUGAACUGUGCUCCUAUGAUGAAGCGCUGGGAGAGUUAUUUUAUAGCUCAUCAACCUCCCCGUUAAUGAAGGGCGUGGAGUUGAGUGGCGUUGCAUAUUUCAGAGAUGCUGAAGAUUUUGCUGUGGCUGCACGGAACCGCAGUUCUAGUUCACAAGAAAACCCCGCGUCGUUUAUCUUUUCCCCCAAAGCUUCGGGCGAACUUGCGAGGCAAACAAUCCCUACCGAUUUCCCUAUUGGCGCUACUGCAUUUUUGCUUUCCAACAGUUCUUGCUACCUGUUUCUUGAAUUGACAUCUGAUUCACUUAUUUAUUGUCGAUCGUUGGGGUCUAACGGAACUUACGACUUGUUUCAGCGCUUACCCACUGUUGAUGGCCGACUGGUUACAGUCGGUUACCAUUACAGCACGGGAUUACCUCUACUGACCAUUGCAAGUGUAGCACAGCGAGGAUACGGUCACAUUACAGUCUGGAAUUUCAAUGUUACAAGCCGAUGGUUUCAACCCUGGAAAACAAUUGUCACCUUACAGAUAGUUGCCUUGGAUUGUGUCUGCAACGAGGCUCAAUGUCUUUUGGUCACCGUUGCCCCUUCUAAACCGGCAGCCAUUCCUGGUCAAGUCAUUGUUUGGAGUUUGAAUGAUGUUGGACCUCCGACAAGAUUACAGAGAAUCACGUUUUCUGAGCCCAUCGACGCUAAAUUCUCUCGAUUGCCGGACGGGCGUCUAACAUUAAUGGUUCUUCAGACUAACGGUGUUGACAAUGUUUCCGUCUACGUUUGGAGAGGCCUUUUGCAAUUCCAACACGACACUACUGUCCGAGUUCCCGGAGCGAAGUUUCUUCAACUGAUUUCUAAUGACGAUAAAUUGAUGCUUGCCUUAUCUGUUACCUCGUCCAUCGUUACUGAAUUGCCCUAUGGCCCGUUGAGAAUGUUCCGUGCCCAAUUUGUUGGUCAAAUAUCCACUAAUUAACUAAUCCCAGAGUCCCUUUGCUUCUAGUCAUUUUCGUUGUAAUUUAUUUUCUUUGUUUUUGAAGGGUCCUUGUUAAAAUGCAAACUGUAUGUCCCUUGAAAGAAAGGUAUAAAAGAUUAGAGGCUUUCAA